AUGAGUUUUACACCACCACCACCACUUUCAUUUGCUGGAGAAAACUACCACAUCUGGGUAGUAAAAAUGAAGACAUAUCUCCAAGCACACGACUUGUGGAGUGUUGUAGAAAAUGAUGCUGAACCACCUCCAUUGAGGGCCAAUCCAACCAUUGCACAAAUGAAGCAACACAGUGAAGAGUGUGCCAAGAAGCAUAAAGUAAUGGCCUGCUUGCAAAAUGGGGUAUCUGAUGUGAUCUUCACAAGGGUAAUGGCUUGUGACUCACCAAAGCAAGCAUGGGAGAAGCUAAAGGAGGAGUUUAUGGGGUCAGACAAAACAAGACAGCAACAACUGAUCAACCUUAGAAGGGAUUUUGAGAAUCUAAAGAUGAGAGAGUCAGAGACCAUUAAGCAGUACUCUGACAGAAUAAUGGCCAUAGUCAACAACAUUAGGCUCAUUGGCGAUAAUUUCAGUGAGAGCAGAGUUGUUGAAAAGGUCAUUACAACUCUUCCAGAGAAGUUUGAGUCAAAGAUUUCUUCAUUGGAGGACUCGAGGGAUUUAUCAGCCAUCUCAUUGUCUGAGUUGAUAAAAUCCCUAUAUCCACUUGAGCAAAGGAUGGCCAAUAAGCAGAAAGAGCAUCCUGAAUGA